UAAUAAACUUAUUAUUUGGUAUAAACUGAGAAAAUGGGACAAAAAAUUCUCAAAAAUCUCCAACGUAGAACAUCUAGGAUAAUUCUCGGAAAAUCCCCAUAAAUCGAAGAUAUCAAAUUUGAAACAAAAUAAAGACGUCUGAAUUAGGUCGCAGAAAUCGUACCAAGACCGAGUAACGACGGUUUCAGUAUUCACCGCGCGCCUAUAAAUCUCUCUGUAAUCUCUCGACGAGCGAGUCGACCAAGCAACGAUCCGACGCUAUUCUUCUUACCGUACCAGAUAAAAAAGAAAAAAAAAAAAAAGAAAAAGAAAAGACACGAUCCAGUUACUCUACACACGUGAUACUACACACCGGCAGCGAUUUACACUUCCACGCUACUAUACUCGGGCUCGUAACGCUUUCACAAUCGAGUUCAUUAGAUGGUACAUAACGUUCCCGUGGAUUGGUGAUUUUACAGCGAGUACAAAUCAUCGCCGAACCCGAUGAAGGAGAAUUAUUUAUUGAGCGUGUUCCUGGGCGACAUCAUAGGAAGCCCGCGACUCUGUCAUCAGCUGGCGAAACGAGGGAGAGGCUGCGACGAGGCUACGCUCUCGGAUUAACUGUAAACCGUAACCGUUUACGAGUCCCUGUACAGAUUGUAAAUAUCGUCGAGAACGUGUUCGCCGGUUUCCAUCCACGAGAGGAUCGUUCAUCCUCGCUAGACGGCAGUCCUGGGUUCCAUAAAACGCGAGGACGAGGUCGAACAGAUGACUUUUGGAUACGUGCAUACGUGAAUUUAACCGCUUUGUUACCUCAAGUUUCUUUCAACACAGAGAGUUUAGCGAUCAGUUAUCCUACUUCAUUGUCGGCGAAAUGUAAUAAAUAGAGUUGACGAAAUUGGAAAAUAUUAACGUUUACUUUUUUUCUUUCUUUGGAUUACUUUCUUUGUGAAGAUGUUUUUGAACGAGGGAAUAAUCACUUACAGUGAACUUUGCUGUAUGAUGUAAAUCCGAAUUUUUGGUCAAUUUUCUAAUCAAUUUGAAACUUAUGUUGCAGAUAAUCGUUUCUUUCAUUUCAAUAGAUUUCCAAUGCACGUACCUAAACGAAAAAAUUACACGAGAAUAAAUUAUACGAGAAUCUCAACGCUGGAGGCAUAAAAAAUUUUAUUGCCUUGCCAACGUGCGCCUGUUACUAUGAUUUAUUUACUAUAAAUUUCUUACUGCUGUAUCGGUAUCUCCAGCGUUGAGCAUUCACGCACAAUACGGGAUGACGAUUUUCAAAUUUAAUUUCCAAAAGAACAUUAGAAAGAUGAAAAAAUGUCACUCGAGUACCAGAGCAACGAACAAAUGUCACUCGAAUGAUUAAUUCAUUGUGUUGAUUGUUGAAAAUAAAAUCUACUGAGAAAACGAGCACGCUUAUUGUUAUUUUGUUUUCUUGAACCACGAGCGCGUACGGGCAACGAAAAACGGUCACACGAAGUGAGAGUAGCAGAACGAUGACGUUCCUUCCUACCUACGCCUCAUUCGGCCGAGCUUGUGUACGAGGAACGCUUUCGAAGAAAGUUCCAGUUGCCGUGGAACUGUGACACGAUCAUCCGCGAGGCGAAACACUUGCCAGGCGAUCGCGACAAAGUGCCGUUUCAACGGGAACUAUCGUCGUCGACCGUUUCAGCCUCUCGCGUGCGAAACUCUAUUCCGCGAUUCGGUUUUGACGUUGAAAAUUGAAGAAGGAGAAGCAUAUAUAACAAAAACGGGCGAUGGUGAUAUUCUUCGAGAAACGUCGAAGAAGUGUCUUUGAAAUUUGAUUUAUCUGAAAUGGAUCGAAAGGAAAUGAAAAAUCGUGGAAUGACGUUCGAAUUUAUUUUCAUUUGCGCUCUACUUAUCCGCGUUCGCGCGGAGGAGCAAUUUCAGAGGAUUCGUCGCGAGGUCCAGCGCGACGACUCUUGCGAUUUUGACGAAACACGAAGCAAUUACAACGCCACGGACUUAUUAAGGUGCAUCGAUGAAUUGGUUGUCGAUCUCGUUGAUCGAGAAAGCGACGGGCUGACAGGCGGGAAAGGUCAAUCGGACGGAUCCACGGGCAGGCAAAUCUCUUUCGUGGACGUUCUCUCGAGUAUUUUUAACAAUGCUGUCACGCCGCAUCAGGGCAGCUCCCUUCCGGCGUACUCGACUUCCGACUACCAGCAAUCGAAUUAUCCGAGCGGAACGGUCGGCCCUCCCCCCGGAUUCCAGCUGAAUCUCCUCGACGCCCUGUCCACGAUAUCCAGCCACGACGACUACAAGUGUGUCCCGAGGAUACUCUGCGAGAUGGCGAGCGGAAAACUUCCUGGACGAUCGUUAGGCAAACAGGGAUCCGGCUUCUUCGAGUUCCUCGGUCGGAACGUUUUCACGGACUGGCUGACGAAAAUCGACGUCGCCGGAACGUCCCCGUUGCUGAACUUCGGCAGAGCGAUGAUACUCGGUUAUGGCAACCGAGGAAAUUCCGUGGCGUGCUACGAGGCGUUCCCAAAGUGUCCGAGGGACGCGUACGGCUUGGUUUAUUAUCUGAAUAAUUACAACGGAGGGUUCUUCAACCUCUUCAACAGGAUUCGGGGAGGGAAAUAUAGGACGUCUGACAGGAUUCCUGGCCAACGAGUCAACGAUUAUUCGAGGAUCGAGGUGAGGGAGAGGAUAGUCGCUGGAAAUUGGAAGGGACACGUUCGAAACAGUCCAGCGCGGAAUACAAUUCAGUUUCCACCUACAAAGUAUCGAGAAUAUCACGAGAAGAGAGAAUAUCCAAGAUUUGAUACAGUAAGAAGUAGCAACGACAUCGUCUUUCCCAGCGAAAGAGAAUCGAGCAUCGAACCGUCGACGAAUAGCUUACAAAACGAUUUUUUAAAGUCGGAGCCGGACGUUUGGCAAAAGGAGAACAUGGAAUUUUUCCCAAAAGAAACUGACGACAGAAGGAUCUCUCGGUUUCGAUUUCCUUCGAGUUUCACGCUCACACCGUCGUAGCUACAAACGAUGGUCGAUAAAACAAGCAAAUCCUAAGCAAAUACCACAAUGAACUCGAUACUAAUUGAGUACAGGCCUUCCCUGAAACUCGUUGAAUGUUCCAAACUCUCGAGCUUGUACGAGAAUUUGCGUGAAAUACACCAAGUAACUUAAUUAAUGACAAAUAAAUAUAAACUGCUCGCCAGAAAGAGAAAGCUGCAACGCUCAAAAAUUUGCGAUUACGCAUAAUCUGAAAAUCACUGUGCCAGGUGCUUUCGAAGCUAUUAAAAUUUGAGCGGAAGGUAACAAAAUUCAUUGAAUACGAAAUUUGAAAUUCACAUCUUUGCAAGCUGUCAAUCGAAAGAUUGAACGAUUUUAAGACAAUUAUUACAGGAAAAAGGAAAUGACGACGAGAGAAUCUGGUCAGUUCGAGCUUCAUCUUUCAUAAAACAAGCAAAAAAUACCUCUAUGGGUGAAUUCUAAUUAUAUGUAUAAAUCCAUUCUCGAAGAGCGUGUAGGAUAUUUCAAGCUUAUCAGAGAUAAAACAUCGGAAAUUUCAAUUUUUCAUCGCGUAAACCAGGCGUCAGGCUUCCGUCGUGCGUCGCAUAUUCGCGGAUUAUCAGUUAUCCAGGCUAGGUCCGGCACAUACAGGAGGCAACAAGUCGUUUAUUUCGUCAGCGUGGAGCACCGAUCGGCGAAUUUUCUAUCCACCUGUGCGCGAUCCGCUUAUAACAGGAAGUGGCGAACGCGAUGUUGCUGGCGCGGAGACGCCAUUUGUGGGAACAGCAUGGGGGCGCCGUUAGAGCACCGACAACUUGUCCAAUGAAUCUGCGAGAGCCGCUUUAUGUCUCAGUUACGCGCCGCGAUAAAUUGUAUUUUAUCUCGAUUCGAUUUCCUGCUUCGCUGCCGGGCUCGUCAGUGUACCUGUGCACAGGUGCGAGACGCCACGAAACAGGAUGGAAAACGAUGACGAGCAGCGUAGAGUGUAGAGAGAAACACGUCAGUGACGAGUUGAAGAGGAUCGAGAUAGGAGAAACAUGUUGUUGCAAUUACGUUCGACCAUGAGUAAAUUAUAUUCAUUGAACGCAUCAUGUUUUCCUUUUUAAUCAAAUCGCGAGUAAAAGGUGAUAAUUUUAAAUUAUUCGUUGCUUUCACGCUGAAUUGAUUUCCUUAAGAUAAGGUGUAAGAGUGAGAGUAAGAUUAUAGAGAUGGAAGGAAUUUUGUGAUAAUUCUUAAAGUUUGAUGGUUUGAAGUUUUAAUUUUUUUUUUUUUUUUUUAGAGAAGAUAUCUAAAUAAGCUUAUAUUGGCGGAAAGACAAUGUUGUAGUAACUUUUUAAUUAUUUCUGGCGUAAUCCAUUACUUGGGUGCGGUGCUUGAAUUUAUUAAAUUGUUUCAUUUCAUUUAACAUUAGGGGAAUAUAGAGUGACGUUGUGGUAAUGUUUGAUUAUUUAUGGAAUAAAUUAUCAGUUGGAUGCGGUCCGUUCAAAUUUAUUGAGUUGUUUUAUUUAAACUGAUCGCACGAAGAGUAACUUGAUUGAAUAAAUUUGCGAAAUUAAUUAAGGAAGAAUAAAGAGGAGACAGAAGAGAAUUUGAUGAUGUUAACAAUAGUGAUUAAUUGCAAAUUGUAGCGCAAUAAUAUGGAGCGGAUGUGGAGCUACAAUUUUGAAUAACAAAUAAAUGACUAUCAAUUAUAAUUUAA